CUGUAAACAGAAGCCACGUGACAAGCAGCGCCGCCUGUCAGGGGCUUUGCAGCAGCGGGACGAAUGACGGCUGAGUUAGAGGAAGUUACUGCGAGCAGCUGUGCUAGUAUGUAACCUUACACGAGUUGGACACAGCGUUGCAGCGAGGGCGAGGAAGGCAGCAGCAUUCAUGGAUAUUGUGGACACCUUUAACCAUUUAAUACCCAGUGACCAGUUGGAUGAGUCCCUCAUAAUAGGUCAGAAUUUGGAAUGUGAAGCUGGUAAUGAGUUUGGGUCAGGACUCAAACUGGAAGAUUCAUUGAAGAACAUGCUCAGUGACAAAGAUCCCAUGUUUGGAUGUGCAAGCUCUCAGUUCAAUCUGCUGGACAAUGAGGACACCACUUUUCAGAUUGCUGGCUCAACAGGUCUCGAUGAUGGUCCAGCAUCCACUGGUCUCGGUAAUGAACUGACGGUUGUAGAAACCACACAAGUCAAGCAACCGGUUGCCAGGCAGAAGAAACGUACACGCAGUUUAGAGAGCGAACAAAGCAGCGGUCCACAACCUGUUAACACAUCCACCAACACUAUGGCCAGAGGAAGGCCAGGAAGGAAACCAGCGAACAGGCUACAGAAGUCAUUUCUUAUUGAGAAAGGAGUUAAAGGCAGCCAGCUGAAGAAAGAAUUAACUUUGGGAGGGCGUAUUAAUGUUAAUGAUCUUGACAGUGGAGUAUGGCUGAAACCUACGGUUGUAUUGAGACGAUUGACAGUCACAAUUGGAGGCUUCAAGAUUGAAUUGCUUCCAGGACCCUCUUACGCACAAAAUGUUGAAAUAGGCCAGUCUGCAUGCUUCGACGAUAGCAUAUGUAGUGGAGAUGUUGGGUAUACUGUGGUGCCAGGUGAUGCUGGGUAUACUGUGGUGCCAGGUGAUGCUGGGUAUACUGUGGUGCCAGGUGAUGCUGGGUAUACUGUGGUGCCAGGUGAUGCUGGGUAUACUGUGGUGCCAGGUGAUGCUGUCAAUGUGCAGAAUCCCAUACCUGAGAAUGUGGCAGAGAUGGAUAAAACUGAGAAGAGCUCUGCUGAUGAUGCAGCCCUUGCGCUGGGCCCGUAUGUGAACCCUAACGAAGUGCAGACCUCCAACGGGACAUUAACGGGGAGUGCCUGUACACAAGAGACAAAACUUGACAAUCAGAGUGUUUCUGGAAAGCAGAAGCCAGCGAGUAAAGGAAAAGACGAUGUCAAACAGACCCAGGACAAUGAGAAUAAUGGAAGUACUGUUAGUAAUAAGACUGAAGCUAAGGAAAAACAACAGAUUGUGGCCAAAACACUGCUCAAGUCUAAACAAGGACUGACUUCUAACAAGAAUAAGGACUUGGUUUCAGGUAAACCAAAUAACAUGAUUAAAACACAUAAAGUAUCCCAAAACAUGCCAUCUACAAUCAUCCAAAGAGAAGAAGGGCCCAAAAUGAAACCUCUAAAGGAAAAGAAAGACAUUGCACCUUUGAAAAGGCUUGCAGAAAGCACCCAAAGUGAGCAUGCUAGUAAAAUGCAAAAGAUACAGGGUACAGGAGAUAGCAAAGUGAAGCCAAAAUCGCCAUGUACGCUUAGCCCCUCUGUGAAGAAGAUCCCAUCAUCUGGCAGCCGUGUUGAUCAGCAGGGACCGACUAAACCUACUCAUCCUCACAAUAGCUCCAAAGUUGAGACUUCUCCUCCGGUGCACAGCCGUCCAGGCCAAUCUUUAAAAACGGCAGACGAAGUAGGGCAGGAAAAGCCCAAACUGAAAAAGCCAGAAAAGAUCCUUCAAAGACAGAAAAGCAAAACUGCAAGGAGCAUGUCUGUUGAUGAGCCGCAGCUGUUUAUUCCAGAUAACGCUCCUGUUGCGAAGAAGGAAACUGCUGAGGAGCAACCUGCCAACAGCGAGAGUGUGUGGGACGGAAACAACUGCUGUGGUCUGUGCAAAAAGCAUCACAAUAACAUGUUUAUGGUAGGCUGCGGUCGCUGUGACGACUGGUUCCACGGCGACUGUGUUGGUCUGGACCUGACAAAGGUACGUGAAAUGGAGGAGGAGGACCAGAUGUACGUGUGCUUGAAGUGCUGUGAGGAGGAAAGCAAAAAGGUGGAGCCUGAGCCCCCAAGUGCAGCCAAACCAGAAGUUCAAGUGAAGACUGAGGUGCAGGAUCAUAAGGUGCCUCCCAAACCUCGGCCGGGACCGUCCCAGACACUCACAUCCGGGGGCGUCAGACCAGUAAGAAAGAAUCCUGAUCGAAGGCAGUCCACAGAUGUCAGGGAAGCUGCUCAUAAAACAGGCGUUCAGCUGAAACAAGAGAUAAAAACUAAGACUCCAUCUUCAGCUUCAAAGAAACCUGUGUCUGUGGAGGCAGUCAGACGAAGUGUGCGUGACUCUCUUAAAGAAAUCCUCAUACAGAGGUUGAAGGAGUCUCAUUUGAACAUCUCUGUGGAGAGAGCCUCUGAAGUUGCCAAGAAGACGGAGAGAGAGCUUUUUCACUUGUAUAAAGACACUGACAACAAAUACAAGAACAAGUAUAGGAGCUUAAUGUUUAAUCUCAAAGAUACUAAAAAUAAUGUCCUCUUUAAGAGGGUUCUCAAAGGGGAAAUUUCUCCUGGUAACCUAAUUCGAAUGAGCCCUGAGGAACUGGCCUCAAAAGAAUUGGCUGCUUGGCGACAAAGGGAGAACCGACAUACUAUUGAGAUGAUUGAAAAAGAGCAAAGAGAGGCAGAGAGACGGCCGAUCACUAAGAUCACACACAAAGGUGAAAUUGAAAUUGAGAGCCAAGAACCAGCGAAAGCCACUGAGCCUGCAGAGAUUGAGUCUCCUCCCAGAGUGACAGAAGUCUCAGCAGAACCUCCAAAAACCCCAGAGAAAAAGACAGAGAGUACAAAGACGGAGAAAGACACUACCAGCCAACACAAAUCUCACUUAUUUGACCUACACUGCAAAAUCUGCACAGGUCGUAUGGCACCCCCUGUUGAGGAGGCACCAACCAAAGUGGUCAAAGUUGCUACCACGGUUGUUAGGAGGCAGUCCACCAAAGCAGAAGACACGAAGAGCACAACAGCGCCUACGAUGGACGACGACCUGCACCUCACCGUUUUAGAGGAGAGCUUUCGAAGCGCUCAGUCAGGCUACGAAGGAAGGUCGGAUCAUGUAGCUGGAAGAGAUGAAGAGGCGGCUUUCCUUUCCAACCUGAAGUCCCUGUGGCGCGGCAUCAUUCAUAUGCACGCUGUGGCAAAGUUCGCCAUAAAAGCUUUCCCCGUCUCAGGCAUUUUGGACAACUUGACGGAGGACCUUCCAGACAGCAUUCAAGUGGGCGGAAGGAUAAGUCCACAGAUAGUGUGGGACUACUUGGAGAAGAUUCGGGCAACUGGAACAAAAGAGGUGUGCUUGAUUCGCUUCUCCCCUGAGACGGAGGAGGAUGAGAUCUCCUAUACUCUUCUGUAUGCCUACUUCAGCAGUCGCAGGCGUUUCGGGGUGGUGUCCAAUAACCUGAAACAAGUGAAGGACAUGUAUCUCAUUCCUUUGGGUGCCACUGAAAAAGUUCCACAUCAGCUUGUUCCCUUUGAUGGGCCAGGUUUAGAAAACAACCGUGCCAACCUUCUCCUUGGACUCAUAAUUCGCCAGCGACCGAAAAGGGAUUUUCUUCCCGUGGACGUGAAUGAAACUGCAAGGAUUAUUCCUGAAAUCAAGCCCAUUACCAUUUCCACAAAAGAAACCCGAGCAACAGAUGAGGAUGAGAAAUUUUUCCUCCCUUCCUUGACUGCAGCACAUAAUAAAGAGAAGGACAAACCACUUAACACUAAUGAAGAUACUGAUGAGCCAAUUACAGAGGCUUUUGAAGAACCAUCUGCAUCAGAGGAGACCAACAGUCAGGAACCCCAAAAACCUCUGCGCUUUCUUCCUGGUGUGUUAGUAGGUUGGGGUGGGGAAUUGCCACCUCUGCCAGAUGUUGGAGGUAAACCUGCAACAACAGCAGAUGAAACCCAGAAGACCCAACCAGCUCCAAAAACAGAGGUGUCAACUGGAAACUCAAAAAGUCCAACAGCUGCUGCACCACGAGAGCGCUUUGUCAUCAAGAAGAAAGAAGCUAAACCUGUUAAAGCUGAACCGGAGCUAUCCAGCCUGCCUGAUACAUCUGUUCCUAACAACUCAUCAGGAAAAGAUGCUGCAGUGGUGACCCAUGGUGCAUCAGUCUCUCUAAAAGAUAAGCCUCCAGAUGUAUCGACUGAAGCAUUCCUGGCAAGCUUGUCAACAGCUCCAAGUAGGACUGAGACUAGCAGCGUUGCCUCUGGAAACAAAGGCGAUGCUGGCCUUUUGUCUGAAACUGAAAAAGGAACAUCUGAAGGGAAUUCUUUGUCGCUGUCAAAAUCCCAGGCUACUUCAGCUCACACAAAUAGCUCAAAACCUCCUUUAAGUGGAAUAUUGAAAAAAUCUUCAGCGUACUCCAGUAUGAAUGAAGACAAAACGGUGUUACAAAAGGAUAAAGCCAGCCACCCAGCUCCUUUGAGUCCUAAAGCGGUUCCUGUGUUGAGCAGCACUAGAAAUGAUCCAGUUACACUAUUUCACCAAGGAUUUUUACAGCUUUCUCAGGCCAAGAACAAACCAGAGGAAGAAAACUUAACAAUGAUUCGAUCAUUCCCUAGUGAAAAGGAAGAUCCUGGCAUUUCCCAGGCCAGUGCUACAGUAGCUCAAACGGUAUGUCCUCCUACAGUACAAGGACCACAAGCAGCGUGUUACACAGAUGCCUCUGAGCUCCAACCUGACCCCAUUAUGGCACCAGCUCUCCCAGUAGACAACAGUGCAACACCUAUCCCAUCACAGCAGCAGCAGCAACAGCCUCAGGUAACUGGCAGCUACGACUACCCAACCGGCCCUCCUGCUCACACUUUCUCCACACAACCCACCCAGGAUCAGAACCACAGCACACCGUGGGCUCAGGAUAGCGCCUCGCACGCUCUUCCCGGACUUCCAUCGCAGUUAGCCGAGGGCUACUCUGAACCACCUGGCCGGCCUCCAUCCCUGGCCAAAGACUACAAGCGUUCGGAGGAGAGAUACAGCGACCCGUGGGAGAGGCAGCGAAGUGCAGAGGACAGAGACCACUACGGGAGGCACAGCCACCACAGAGACUCGCAUCACGGGAAAAAAAGCAGACACCAUGACCGGGAACGUGAGAAAAAGCACGAACGUGGCCAAGAUGACAAGUACAGAGAGAGGAGCAGGCACCACGGACAAUCAGACGACCGUUAUGGUGAGAAGAGGAAAGAGAGGCAGCACAGCGAUGACUACAGCAGCCGCCAUAAGGACAGACACAGACAUAGACGGGACUCUGAUUAUGAGAACGGACGGAGAAGUUCAAAAGACAGUUACUCAUAAUUAUGUUUUUUUUCUUUUCUUUUUAAAGCCCUGCUAUUGAGUGUUUGGGGACGCUAAGAAAGACUGUUAGCUUGUUGGUCACUUGGCUGGUUCAAACCACUUUGGCUAUAUUGGCUGAUAGUGGAGUUGUUUGUUGUUUUACACAGCAGUCUGAAGCUUAUAUUGCCAUUUCCUUCAUAGAAGUUCCAUUUGAUGUUCUUGACAGUGCAGCCAAAAUGAAAUAUCAUUUCAGUGAGAUUGAGAAGAUCUUUAUAGAUGUUUUCUCUUCACACACAAGAAGUAAUAUUAGAAGAUUUUCAACUUUUUAACCCUUUAUUGUAUAUAUCUUGUUCAUAUGGAGCUGCUGUACUGACUACAGCUCGGUAAAUGUUUUCAGUCUUGUGGUAACACACAAAACAAGUGUGGACCAUUUGGUGGAAAGUUUAAGUUGGCAUGAAUGUAACAGAAAACAUUUAACUGAGGACAGCAAUCUAAACAGCAGCUUUGCUUUUUUUCAACUUCAUUUCUUUUAAAUUGCUUAAAUAUUUUAUAAACCUACUUUCUAUUGAAAAAGUAUGUACAUUUUGGCUUGUAAUAUAUGUUAGAGACUAGGUGUGCCUUUGCACUGUGUGUUUAUGUACAGUUCGUAAUAAAGCUAAUCCUUUUUUUAUUAUUGAUUAUAAAAACACACUUCUCAUAUUUCUUUCUAAAUGUAUUAAAGGUAAAACCUGAAUACUGA